AGGCCGGGUCACACUUGGGUGCAGCUCCGCUAGAGAAGGAAGCAGAGUUUCCGGCUGUUUGCAGCGGAGCAGGAGGAUUGCUGACGCCGCGAAACCCCGAGAAAAACGCCGCCGGCUCGGGGGGCUAGUAGUUUCCAGCUUCGGUUGUGACUCUUUUUUUCUCAUCAGGGGACCUGGGGGCAGAUACAUUUUCUACGGGACAGGGGGGACCUGAGCAACAAGCCAAGCGAAGAAGCUGCACAAGGCGGAGGUUAGCUACCAGCUACCGGCAUGGCCAGGGACUACGAUUACCUCUUCAAGCUGCUCAUCAUCGGUGACAGCGGAGUGGGAAAGAGCAGUCUCCUUUUGCGCUUCGCAGACAACACAUUUUCAGGUAGCUACAUCACCACGAUAGGCGUGGACUUCAAGAUCCGGACAGUGGAGAUCAACGGCGAGAAGGUGAAGCUGCAGAUCUGGGACACGGCGGGCCAGGAACGCUUUCGCACCAUCACCUCCACAUAUUACAGGGGAACGCACGGGGUCAUAGUGGUCUACGACGUCACGAGCGCCGAGUCCUUCGUCAACGUCAAACGAUGGUUACAUGAAAUCAACCAGAACUGUGACGACGUCUGCCGAAUAUUAGUGGGAAACAAGAACGACGACCCCAGCUCGAAGGUGGUCGAGACGACCGACGCGCAGAAGUUUGCGGAACAGAUGGGAAUCAGCCUGUUUGAGACGAGCGCGAAAGAAAAUAUCAACGUUGAAGAGAUGUUCAACUGCAUCACAGAGCUGGUGCUAAAAGCCAAGAAGGAGGUUCUAGCCAAGCAGCAGCAGCAGCAACAGAACGACGUGGUCAAACUCACCCGGAACAGUAAACGGAAGAAAAAGUGCUGCUAGCAAAAGCGAGCGGUGAAACGGCCGGAGGCAUCUCCUCUCCACACACUCACACACCACACCAUGGGACUCAGAGCAUCUAAAUUAAAGAGCAGAUAAAGAUUUACUGAAUAUACAGAAAAAAAAAGAAAUAAAAAAAAAAACAAAAUAAAUGGAAAUAUCGUCCCCUUUGGACAAACUAAUCAUGAAGACUUUAGAAGAAGAAAAACAAAAAAAUUUGUACAGAUUUUUUAUGAAGCGUCAGAUCAGGUUUUAUUUGGAACGAUCAGAGAAGCACUGUUUGACCUGAGCUCCUCUUUUUCGGUGAAGAAUCUGAAGCCGACGUCUGACGGACACAAAGCUCAGAUUUCCGUCUGCGUAUUCCGCCACCCCCCCGUCUUACCCUCCUGUCAGUAUCUCAUCUCUCCUUCCCGUUCCGCCGCACACAGGACGCUGCGGGCCGAGGCCGGCUCCGCACCUGAGGGGGGGGGAGGGAGGACUCGUUUCCUCUAGACUUUUUCAUUGAAUUAGUUUAGCUAUUUUUCUUUUUUUUUUUUUUACCCCUCCCAUGGGCGGAGCGAGGACUUUGCGCAUGGCUGCGAAAGAAAGAACUCCUCUCGUGUUUAAAAGUGCGUACAUUUCAUCCGCCCGCAGCGCCAACAGAUCAUGAACUUCUCGGUUUCGUUGUCGGGGGGGGGACGAGCCCAAUGAUGAAGUCGAUUAGCACGUUUAGCAGUUAACCUAAAGGACUGAACUGGUGUUUUCUCGUGUUGUUUUUUUUUUUUUUUUGUGUUUGUUUUUUUCCUCAGUAUUUUGCCAAGCUUCCCCUUCCUUAAUCACCUAACUUCCAGUAGCGCUGAGCCAAUGUUAACUGAUCUCAUGUUUUCACUGUUUUUGUUUGGAUCUUCUCCACGCAGCAGAGCAGGUGAACCACUCACUCCCAGAGCUCCCAUUGCACUGUUCACUGCAGUCUUACUUCCCCUUCCAUUUUCCUUUAAACCUUUUUCUUUUUAUAUAUAUA